AUGGCGGACACGAACAUCUACAUGCGCGCGGAGCUCGACGGCCACAAUGGCAAAGCCGUGACGGCCAUUGCCACGACGCGGGAAAACCCAAAUUUGCUUUUGACGGCGUCACGUGACAAGUCGCUGCUGGUGUGGCAGCUGUCGAACGAUGGCGAGGAGUACGGCUUUGCCCGUCGUCGCCUGCAAGGCCACUCGCACUAUGUAGAAGACGUGGUGAUCUCGUCGGACGGCCAGUUCGCUCUCUCGGGCUCGUGGGACGGCACGCUGCGUCUCUGGGACCUGAACUCGGGCAUCACGACGCGUCGGUUUGUUGGCCACACGAAGGACGUGCUGUCGGUCGCUUUUAGCGCAGACAACCGCCAAAUUGUCUCGGGAUCGCGGGACAAGACGGUCAAGCUCUGGAACACGCUGGGGGAGUGCAAGUACACGAUCACGGAGGAUGGCCACACGGAGUGGGUCUCGUGCGUCCGCUUCAGCCCGUCGACGGCCAACCCGCUCAUUGUCUCGUGUGGAUGGGACAAGGUGGUCAAGAUCUGGAACUUGUCGAACUGCAAGCUCCGGACCAACUUGUUUGGCCACAGCGGCUACCUGAACACUGUCACCGUGUCUCCGGACGGCUCCAUCUGUGCUUCAGGUGGCAAGGACGGCACGGCGAACCUCUGGGACUUGAACGAAGGCAAGCGUCUCUACUCGCUCGUCGCUGGAGACGUGAUCCACGCUCUUGUGUUCUCGCCCAACCGCUACUGGUUGUGUGCGGCGACAACGUCUGGCAUCAAGAUCUGGGACCUCGAGACGAAGAAUGUCGUGCACGACUUGCAGCCGGACAUUGAGGAGCCCAAGGGCAAGUACGCCCAGCCGCCGCACUGUAUCUCGCUGGCUUGGUCAGCAGAUGGAUCGGUGCUUUUCUCGGGCUACACGGACGGUAUGGUCCGUGUGUGGGCUGUGGGGAACUAG